AUGUGCCACGCACUGCAGUACUUCCAGCCCAUCAACUUGACUGACCUGCUCCCUGAUCAAGCUGACAACACCAUCAGUCAACUAUGGACUGACGCUCUCGAAGGAGUGUUCCGUUACUACAUCACUACGACCUGGGAUGACGUAGUGUUGACCAGCCAGCCAGUAGAAGUUACACUUCAGGGCUUCGAGGCUGGUGUGGAGAUGAACGUGACAGCGCCCUUCUAUAACGACCCCGCUCCUGACGGUCCAGCAGGGCAACCCUUCUACGGUCUCUGGGAUUACGAAGUGGUUGAGAUGUUCUUCCUGAACGAUGCUGAGGAGUACCUGGAGGUGGAGGUCGGACCCUGGGGACAACACCUCCUGCUGCUACUCAAGGGCCCAAGGAACACCAUCAAGCAUUCUCUCCCGCUCGACUAUAUUGUAACACAGAAAACUGAUCCUGUGGGAGACCAGCCGGGUGAGUGGCGUGGGUCUGCCAUGAUUCCCCCUGACUACUUCCCUCCCAACGUGACUCGUAUGAACGCCUACGCCAUCCAUGGUGUGAACGAGGCUAGGCAGUACCAGGCGCUCUAUCCUGCACCACACAACGACCCUGACUAUCCUCAGCCUGAUUUCCACAAGCUCAACCUCUUCCGACCCAUCGACUUCGAGUUCCAGGUGGCUAACAACAGCCAGUACUCGGACUUGUGGCUGGACGCUAUCAACUCUGGCGGCAGCAGUGCCACACUCUCGCCGGAGUUUAAGACAGAGACGGAGAUGGACGCAGUGACAGUGCUGGAGCCUCUACAGACAGACGCAGUGACAUUGCUGGAGCCUCUGCAGACAGACGCAGUGACAGUGCUGGAGCCUCUGCAGACAGACGCAGUAACUGUGUUCGAGCCUCUGCAGACAGACGCAGUAACUGUGUUCGAGCCUCUGCAGACAGACGCAGUAACUGUGUUCGAGCCUCUGCAGACAGACGCAGUAACUGUGUUCGAGCCUCUGCAGACAGACGCAGUAACUGUGUUCGAGCCUCUGCAGACAGACGCAGUAACUGUGUUCGAGCCUCAGGAGACUACGGUUCAGCCUAACACACUCCCCAACACAACUCGAGAGGAGAUCCUCGAAACUCGGGUUCCUCUCCGACAAGAUGAAUCCGUAGUGAGGAGGAGGAGGCCACGGCCUCAUAGUGUGUCAAGCCCUUCCCCCCUCGAGGUCAACACCUCUCAAGCAAGAACCAAGACUCCUCCGGGCAAGACAGUAGUUCAAGAAUCCAUCCGGCGCCAAAUCCCCAGCGAAUUACCCUCAGAGGUACAGUUAUCAAGCCAGCCUCUCGCGGAGCGGGAGCAGCAGUUGUCUGGACCAGCUGUUCCCAGGUCACAGACAACAGCAAGGUCAGAGAUUCCCACAACAAGAUCAAAGAUUCCCACAAGAGGAACAGAGAUUCCAGCUGCAAGAUCAAAGAUUCCCACAACAAGAUCAAAGAUUCUCACAACAAGAUCAAAGAUUCUCACAACAAGAUCAAAGAUUCCCGCAAGAAGAACAGAGAUUCCCGCAAGAAGAACAGAGAUUCCCGCAAGAAGAACAGAGAUUCCCACAGAAGAACAGAGAUUCCCACAAGAAGAACAGAGAUUCCCACAAGAAGAACAGAGAUUCCCACAAGAAGAACAGAGAUUCCCACAAGAAGAUCAAAGAUUCCUGCAAGAACAGCGAUUCCCACAAGAACAGAGAUUCCCACAACAAGAUCAAAGAUUCACACAAGAGAAGCAGAGAUUCCCACAAGAGGAACAGAAAUUCCAGCAGCCGGGUCAACAGUUUCCAGGUGAGAGAUUCCAGCAGCAAGACCAGAGGCUCCAGCAACAGGCUCCACAGUUUCAAGAUCCACCCUUCCAGCAGGAGUCUCCCAAUCUGCCAGGCUCGGAGUCGAGUCUACCUAUCCUUCCAGACGUGGAGCCUGCGGUGGGGUUGCCCAUCCCGGACAUGGAGGCAGUGGUAGAGUCCCUGGCGGAGCAGACUGCAGCCUUGCCUCCCCCACACCCCAUCUGCUUCGAGCCAGGGCUAGUGGCAGACCAGAAGCGCUGUUAUGCGUUCCAUGAGUGCGUGCUGGAGAGCGGUGUGUGGCAGGUGUACUCAUGGAGGUGUCAGCGAGGACAUAUUUACGACCCCGUCAAUGUUGCUUGUGUCCGAGGGAGGUGCAAGAGACGUCGAGGAAAGUAAGUGCAAUAUACUCAUUUACUGAGGCCAAAAACAUGAAGACAAACGUGAUGUUUAAAUUCUAAACCUCAUAUUUUGUAGGAGGAAGAGAUAUAAUUAUCGUGCUGAAUGUUUUUUUUGUGUGUGUUAAUGGUUUUAUAAUUAUGUAAAUGAGAGCAUGUCAAGGAAAUAUUAAAGUGUUUCUAAUAUGCCCGAGUACUAGGACGUGUACAUUGUAUACCCGAGUACUAGGACAUGUACAUUAUACCCGAGUACUAGGACAUGUACAUUGCAUACCGAGUACUAGGACAUGUACAUUGUAUACCCGAGUACUAGGACAUGUACAUUAUACCCGAGUACUAGGACAUGUACAUUGCAUACCUGAGUACUAGGACAUGUACAUUGUAUACCCGAGUACUAGGACAUGUACAUUAUACCCGAGUACUAGGACAUGUACAUUGCAUACCUGAGUACUAGGACAUGUACAGUGUAUACCCGAAUACAAGGACAUGUACAUUGUAUACUCGAGUACUAGGAUAUGUACAUUGUAUACCCGAGUACUAGGACAUGUACAUUGUAUACCCGAGUACUAGGACAUGUACAUUGUAUACCCGAGUACUAGGACAUGUACAUUAUACCCGAGUACUAGGACAUGUACAUUGUGUACCCCAGUACUAGGACAUGUACAUUGUGUACCCGAGUACUAGGACAUGUACAUUGUGUACCCGAGUACUAGGACAUGUACAUUGUGUACCCGAGUACUAGGACAUGUACAUUGUAUACCCGAGUACUAGGACAUGUACAUUGUAUACCCGAAUACUAGGACAUGUACAUUGUAUACCCGAGUACUAGGACAUGUACAUUGCAUACCUGAGUACUAGGACAUGUACAUUGCAUACCCGAGUACAAGGACAUGUGCAUUGUAUACUCGGGUACUAGGACAUGUACAUUGUAUACCCGAGUACUAGGACAUGUACAUUGUAUACCAGAGUACUAGGACGUACAUUGUAUACCCGAGUACUAGGACAUGUACAUUGUAUACCCGAAUACUUGGACAUGUACAUUGUAUACCAGAGUACUAGGACGUGUACAUUGUAUACCCGAGUACUUGGACAUGUACAUUGUAUACCAGAGUACUAGGACGUACAUUGUAUACCCGAGUACUAGGACAUGUACAUUGUAUACCCGAAUACUUGGACAUGUACAUUGUAUACCCGAGUACUAGGACGUGUACAUUGUAUACCCGAGUGCUAGGACAUGUACAUUGUAUACCCGAGUACUAGGACAUGUACAUUGUAUACCCGAGUACUUGGACAUGUACAUUGUAUACCCGAGUACUAGGACGUGUACAUUGUAUACCCGAGUACUUGGACGUGUACAUUGUAUACCCGAGUACUAGGACAUGUACAUUGUAUACCCAAGUACUAGGACAUGUACAUUGUAUACCCGAGUACUUGGACAUGUACAUUGUAUACCCGAGUACUAGGACAUGUACAUUGCAUACCUGAGUACUAGGACAUGUACAUUGCAUACCUGAGUACAAGGACAUGUGCAUUGUAUACUCGGGUACUAAGACAUGUACAUUGUAUACCCGAGUACUAGGACAUGUACAUUGUAUACCCGAGUACUAGGACAUGGACAUUGUAUACCCGAGUACUUGGACAUGUACAUUGUAUACCAGAGUACUAGGACGUACAUUGUAUACCCGAGUACUAGGACAUGUACAUUGUAUACCCGAGUACUUGGACAUGUACAUUGUAUACCCGAGUACUAGGACAUGUACAUUGUAUACCAGAGUACUAGGACAUGUACAUUGUAUACCCGAGUACUUGGACAUGUA